AUGUCCCCUUACGUCCUACUAAUCAUUUCCAUCAGUCUACUCUUAGGCACAUCACUCACCUUACUAAGCAAUCAUUGACUAGUAGCCUGAAUAGGCCUAGAAAUCAAUACAUUAGCGAUUAUCCCCAUAAUAACAUACCCCAACCACCCUCGAGCCACAGAAUCUGCCAUCAAAUAUUUCCUAACACAAUCAACCGCCUCCAUAAUACUCAUAUUCGCCAUCAUCAACAACGCCUGAAUAACAAACCAAUGAACAUUAUCCCAAAUUUCCGACCAAACCUCCUCCAUCACCAUAACACUAGCCCUAGCAAUUAAACUAGGACUAGCACCAUUCCAUUUCUGAGUCCCAGAAGUCACCCAAGGAAUCCCACUAACAUCAGGUAUACUCCUACUUACCUGACAAAAAAUCGCCCCAAUAUCACUAAUAUACCAAAUCUCUCCCUCCCUAAACAUAAAAAUUUUAACUAUCCUAGCAUUCUCAUCUACUCUACUAGGCGGUUGAGGCGGACUAAACCAAACACACCUACGAAAAAUCCUAGCCUACUCAUCCAUCGCCCACAUAGGAUGAAUAACCAUUAUCAUCCUAAUCAACCCUACCCUAAUACUCUUAAACUUAAUCAUUUACAUCGCCGCAACACUAACUCUAUUCUUAGCCCUUAAUCACUCCUCAAUUACAAAAAUCAAAUCACUAGCUAACCUAUGAAACAAAUCAACCCCAAUAACUAUCGUCAUUUUACUCACCCUACUAUCCCUAGGAGGCCUACCUCCCCUUACCGGUUUCAUACCAAAAUGACUAAUCCUACAAGAACUGGUAAAACAUAACAACAUUCCCAUAGCCAUACUAAUAGCACUAUCCGCCCUAUUAAACCUUUUUUUCUACAUACGAAUUAUCUAUGUAUCAACACUAACCAUACCUCCAUCCACAAACAAUUCCAAACUUCAAUGACCCUAUCAACAAACCAAAACAAUCAAUAUCAUCCCAUCACUAACAAUUAUCUCAUCACUCCUACUUCCACUAACCCCUAUAUUCAUCACCCUAUCAUAA